CCCUCCCUUUCCGCUGCCGAGGCGGCGGGAGCCGAGCCCCAGCGGACCGAGCCGCGGCCGCAGCGGGCGGCGGGCGCAGAGGCGGCGGCGGCGGGGUGGUCUGGCGACGGCGAUGCGGCGACCGCUCUGAGCCUGCCCGCUCCAGGCGCCGGGGGAACCGGCCGCGCGGGGCGGCAGCAUGCGGGGCGGCGAGGAGCUGGACGGCUUCGAGGGCGAGGCCUCGAGCACCUCCAUGAUCUCGGGCGCCAGCAGCCCGUACCAACCCACCACCGAGCCGGUGAGCCAGCGCCGCGGGCUGGCCGGCCUGCGCUGCGACCCGGACUACCUGCGCGGCGCGCUCGGCCGCCUCAAGGUCGCCCAAGUGAUUUUGGCCUUGAUCGCAUUUAUCUGCAUCGAGACUAUCAUGGAGUGCUCCCCGUGCGAAGGCCUCUACUUCUUUGAGUUCGUAAGCUGCAGUGCGUUUGUGGUGACUGGGGUCCUGCUGAUUCUCUUCAGCCUCAACCUUCAUAUGAGGAUCCCACAGAUCAACUGGAAUCUAACGGAUUUGGUCAACACUGGACUCAGCACUUUCUUUUUCUUUAUCUCCUCAAUCGUGCUGGCUGCUCUAAACCAUAAGACCGGAGCGGAAAUUGCUGCUGUGAUAUUUGGCUUCUUGGCAACAGCAGCCUAUGCAGUGAGCACGUUCCUGGCUGUGCAGAAAUGGAGAGUCAGCAUCCGCCAGCAGAGCGCUAAUGACUACAUCCGAGCUCGCACCGAGUCGAGAGAUGUGGACAGCCGCCCUGAGAUCCAGCGCCUGGACACAUGAGGACAUCCCGAGUUCUCCCGCUGCCCUCGUGCCCGUCCUUCUAAUCAAGUUUUCUUUCUCUUAGCACGUCAGAUUUUUGUGUGAACCAGCUGAAUUUUGUCCUGUUUGGUAAAAAUUCACUUUGGGAAAGGUUGCCUAGAGUGGCCCAGUGACUGAUCGAUCUGUGAUGGGUUGAAGAGGCCCAGGUCCUCUGGCAUUGGGUACCCUUGGGAGCAGCCGGUUUUAUUGACUGCUCUAGGUCUUAACUGUCUCGGGACUCAUGGUCUCACCUGACUCUGAGCCACCCUGUCAUGUGUAUUUGUGAUGAGGCAAAACCUUUUUAAAUGGCAUUGAGAAGGGAAGUAUAUGUCACAAGACAGGAGGAGCACAGGGAUGGGACAGCCAGUGAGGUACGUGGACAGCCUUCUAGCAAGCUGGGGUGUGUGCUAAGUCUGUUCAGAGCAUUGAGGCAGGCAGCAUGCUCUGAGUGGGCCUCUGAGGGCUGAUGAAAGGAUGUGCUCCUGUAACUUCCUUGCCAGACUUGUAUGGUGCAGGGAUAGGAAAAGCUGGUGUCCUAUGGGGACAGCUCUGUGGAACUGACUCCCAGAACAGUGAUCAUUUGUCUCCUGCCCUGCUGAGAAAUCACUUGAUUCUUCCUCAUGUGAAUCACCUUCCUAUGGUCCAUACUCAACUUCUGGGAUGGGGGAGCAUCACAUGUGCAGGGGCUCUGCCCAUCUUACAUGCAUAUCUUGUUCCGGGAUGGGGGAGCAUCAUGUGUGCAGGGGCCCUGCCCACAUGCACACCCCGAGGCUGAGUUGUGGUUUCAGCACCUUUACCUUCUCAAGUAAAAGCUGCAGAGGAAGCAACCCUCCCCUUAGCCCGGGCACUUUGUCCACUUGCUGGCCUCAUGGAUCACAUGUAUGUAUGUGUGUGUUACAGAGUGGCAUGCUCAAACUCACACUUCUGUUGUAUAGACAUGUCUAAUUUUCUGAAUAUCUGAGACAAGCUCUAAAGUGAUUCUGAGUCAUUUAUCUAGGAUUUGAAAAUACUUGAAUCUGCACCAGGACACGUCCUCCCAUGGAUGUUCCACGAGGCUCUGCUGCCAUUCUGGGCACUUGAGUGUCUUCACUAUGAUCAAAAGUCCUAGAACACGUUAUGAAUCCUAGUUACGUAUGGCUUUUGGAUUGGUUCUUGAUAAACUGAAGGUUAUUUUUGUGGUGAAUGGAUUAAACAGGCCCCUAUGAUGCUGUAAUUUUGUCGUUAGAGACUAAUUAUUCUUUUUUUUUUUUUUUUUUUUUUUGGAAAGUUAUUUUAACAUGUCAGGUUCUCACUCUGAGCUGUUGAUGUUUACAGAUCUUGUAGCUCUAAGGUUUUGUGGAUAGCCUCACCAAGGAGAAGAUGUGGCUGGCAGGAAGAUAGUGUGGUGGUACAGAACCCUCACUAUGUCCUAAGGACUGUUCACAACCUGAGCAGUGUCCUUUGAGGUGUGUAACCCAGAAGUGGGUGGCAAGGCUGCGGAGGAGAGCCUGAGGCGGUGCUCCCUGUACACCACGGCUCUGCAUCAUUUGGGAAGAGCAGUGUGUAAGGCUGAAUGGCAAAGAGUGGCCAUUGUCAAACCCUAAGGCAGGACUCGAGUCCACAGGAAAUAGGGUCAGGCUGUGUCUGAUUGGGGGCAGGGUGGAGGAGUACUGGGGCUGGCUCCCUAAAACCAAUAUCCAGUGUAAUCCAGUUCUGCUGCAGUUCCAGGUUGGCAUGUUCUCAUGUUCAGAGGAUGACCCAGCUAGUCCAGUAUACCUCCCCUCCCUGCUUCUUUUCUCCUCCAGAGGGCAGCCUGGGUCUGGCCCUUGCCCAGCUCCUCAUGGCUGAACCUGUUGAGUCGGUCAGUCAGUGCACAUUGUGCUUUACCAACCUGAACCUGUUGUGUGUUGUGAUGUGGGGGAGUGGAUGACAUCUUGAUUUUUAUGUUAGUUUUACAUGGUCAUUUUGCCUUUGAGUAUACCUAUAUUAUCUCUGCCUCAGAGAAUUCCCUUUAAAUAGGGUUGCAAAGAUUCCAUCUGUAUCCGAGUCCCACUUGGAACAACCACCCUGAGCUUUAUCAUGUCACUGGGCCUCAGGAAAAAGCCACCUUUGAAGUGAGGUGGAAGAAAGAAGCAUUCAGAUGGGGUUUCUGCUCAUUUUCCCAAGUCCCUUCAAUAAACCCGUUUUAUCCUGUGAUGAAAGGAGGCCUUCUGAGGAAGUGUUUUCGGCUGAAAGAAAUGAUCCUGAGACCCAUUGAGACAGUGAAUACCAAUAAAUGAUAAUGUGGUAGCGUCUUAGAGCCUAAGAGACUUGAGAGCAAUUUGCAUCUUAGUGACAGAAUCAUUGUAAUAUUUAUAUCCUGAUAACUAUUUAAUAUCUUUUGUGCUAUGAAGCUUUCCCGUGGCUUUUGUAUAUGUAUUUCCUUGUACUAUUUAACUAGCUCCUGUAGAGCCAGAAGUGGCUUGUACAUGCUCUAACAGUGUGAUGCACAGGCCCUCUCGCCUUUACAGCCAGCGUGGUGAGCACAAGCCAUGAAGGGAAUGUGGCUGUCCAUAAGUGAAUGCAGCACCUGUGUCUUUCCUGUUGUGCCUCUGUACAAACAGAAGUUAAUAGAUUUGAGGUUCGUAAAAUAACCUCUGUAAAUUGAAAAAGGCGUAUUUUUGUGUUUAUUAAGCCUAUUGUGGACCAGUGCCGCUUGCUUAGGUUUGGAGCAUUGUACGUCAGCCUUCCCAGUCCCCAUUUCCUGAGGAGAUGGGUUUCACUUUCUCAGGUGGAGAAAACAGGACAAGACAUGCAGUUCAUGUGGUGUGUUCAUGGAGACGAGACGUGGGGUUGAGACCCUCUGGCAUUUGCUAGUGUUGAUGGAUAUUAACUCAUCUUCGGAGAAAGUGUAUUUUGGCACUGUUUCUCUCGACUGAAUGCCAGCUACCACGCUUCUCUACCUUCCCUGCCAAAGGCUCAGAGGGUAAGACUGUAGUUAAGAAAACCUAAAGAUACGUAUUGGCUCCUAGAAAGGGCAAACACAGUGAGGCAGUGAAUUCUUUUCAGAGAAGUUCUGCUUAAAGUAGAUAGCCAUGCAGUGCAGAUUGCUUUUGUCUACAGAAAAAAGCAAGAAUGCAGUAAACUGCCCACAUCUUUCUUAGCAAUAUGCUAAAACACCAGCGUGGGCAGAGCCUGGGCAUAGCGGAACCAGCAAGGAUGAACUACCCACUGAGCACUCUCUGAGCACUUCUCACUGAGAAGGUCCCUAGGGUUCUCUAUAGACCCUUGGCAGGAAGACUUAUGGGCAGGCCUGGUAUGCCUUGUCUUCCACCCUGGCUGGAUGCUUCUGGGGAGAAUUUCAUGAUUCAGUUGAAAACAUUUCUUUUUCUUUCAAGUUUCUUUCCUCUUUGAAGUUUUUCUAUUGGUUCAGUCAGUCUUAGAAGAAAUGAAGGCCUGACUCUUGCCCCUGCGUGUGUGUGAAUCCUUGCUCUGAGUGGGUCUUGGCUAGACUUCUGUGUGUGCGACACAAGCUCACCUUGUGGAUUUGCAUGCACUGUUUAGAGGAGACCUCUUGCCUACCUAAGAGGUGGCCUGAGGAUUCGGCCCUGCCCGUGUCAGGGUCCCUGUGGGUCAGUCUCAGGUGCGUGGAGACUUGUGUCCAUCCUAGUAGUGAUGGAGGUAGCUCCAGUGAUGACAGCGUCUGUGUCCAGAGCACACAGAAGUCCCAUGGCUAGUGUGCUCCUGCCUAACUGCCUUUUUCUGAAGAUGUCCUCUACAUAGCAAUAGUGACAUUAAACAGGUAACAGCGGGGGUAGGGCGCACAUACUUUCUAUGUAGAGAAUUGUUGGCCGAUUCUCAUGAGCUGAAAACAAAUGCUGCUUCUAGUGUGUGAGGUUCCAGGCACCUUUAGUUCCUUCUUAGACUUUUGCAGAGUCUGAGGUUCCUCUUGCUGUCUGGUUUUAUCAGCACCAGCCCCAUAGUAGGGCCAGCUAGGCACAGAGUCUAGUUUGGUGGACACAUGAAGCUUGCAUGACAGAGGCCUGGGCUUGGGGGAAGGCUUCAGUGGCAGCCGUGGGGCAGCAUAGAUAGCAUUUGAUCUGUUCAUAACCCGCUGUCCCGGAAGCGUGUCCUUAACCUCCCCCUCUUCAGAAGAGUGAGGUCUUUCGUGGUCCUGAAAGGACUUGAGCAGGUGACAGGCUGCCUCAGGUGAUGCAGACAUAGCUUUUCUGACUCUUUAAAAUCUAUUGUUUCUCUCUUCUCAGCAGACAUCUUUAAAAUAACCAGUUUUGUCUAGUUGAGAAAGUAAUUUGGAAUGUCUGCCCUAUCAAUGUUUAUGUAGACAUUGUCUCUGAAAGACAAUCAGUGUUCAUCUAGAAUUUUCUUCCCAAAGGUAAUGUUCUAUUGGAUUUCAUGCUAGUCAGUAUAGCAUUGGAUGUAAGUCCUCAGGCUUUGGGGCUUCCCCUCCCUCCCCUUUCUAGUUCCCUCCCAAGAGUAAAGGGGUGGAGGGACCCAAGCCCAUUGAGCAAAUUUAGAUCAUAGGUUCUUGAACAGUGUAUUGUCAUUAGUUUACCUCGCCCCCCUCUUGAUUCUGACUCUAAUUCAAGUGACCUUUGGUUAGGGGUUAGUAUCACUUGGACUGUGGCAACCUAGCAGAACUUGUUUGGCUGUGACUAUGGUAACAACAUGUCUGGAGCCACUUCAGGAGUAAAAGGUUUGUUUUCUUUCGUAAUUGUGUCUGAUACAUCAGCAGGAAGUACCUGGCCCUUCCUUUUUCAUCAGAAUAGCUACCCAAGGGAUCUGCCUGGAGAAAGGACAGUGAAGGAAGACUUGUGGUCACCCAGCCAAGCCUGCCGCCGGAUGCUGCCUUCCUCCACUAGCCGGGCAUUGCUUCAGUUCUUUCAGAACUGAUUUAGCAAGUUCCAAAACCCUGUCCCCUUUCCAUGGUACUGAAGGGUACAGCGAUUCAGGGCUUAAAGAAUUGGCUAGGUCAAGGGGCAGAGAGGGUAAGAGCAAGGCAUAUUGUAACCCAGGCCUACCUGUUCCAAAUCUUUCGUAACUUGUUUAUGAAAAACAAUCGUUUUCAUUCAUAUAUAACUUGUUUAAAAACAUUAUUAUUAUUCAAAUAAUAAUGAAAUUGACCCAUUUGCCUAAAAUCAUUGCUUCUUGAUACUUGGUUUUGACGUGGUUCCACAUGGAAGAACGCUAGGGAGCAAGGCUGUCUGUGUAUGUUGACGUUUGUAGGAGUUUCGGAACCCAUGGAAGAAACACUAAGCUAUUUAUUUGUCUGUCUGUCCUUUUUCUUUCUUUCUAAGUAGGCAGUUCUUCCUCUGAAUAUUUUGACAGAUAACCACUUCACCUUUGGUGCCUUCCAUGUGUCACAUAAGCACUCUUGUCAAUCAUGGAAUUGGGGCGGGGAUGUACAUUUAGUUAAAACAGAUAACACUAUUUUUGUAGCAUGAUUGUGUCCUUUCAGUAAUUGCUUUCCACAGUAUCGGUCCUGACAUUUGGGCCAUUUCCUCUUAAACUUCCUAUGUAUUUUUCAAAACGACACCGUCCGGCAAGUCCUGUUCCUUGCACUGUGUUCUUCCCACACUGCACUUCUGCUGGUUUAGUCUGAGAAGUCAGAGGAUAGUUCUGAAAAAAGUCUCGUUCUUGUAAUUCUGUUUGACACCGUUUGACUGUCUGUUAGACUGGAAGAACUGUUGCUCACCAACAGUGAGAAGAAAGUGGUCUCAUUUGUCACAAGUUUCAACCAUGUGCGGCCUUCCUGCUUGCUGGGUCUGGUGAGAGCUUGCAUGUGGCUCCUGGCCCUCCCACCCUAGCCAGUCAGUCCCGGGCUGUUGUCUGUCGUCUCCUAGGAUAGGUGGGCUAAGUGCCGCCGUGUCCUGGCAGCACCUCAGCCUUGCUCUGGGAUUCGCCCCACUUGGAUUUAGGUGACAUUGUGGCUGCCGCUGGUGGGUUUUUGGGUAGCCUGAGUGCAGUAGGUCCCGUGCUGUGGAGGGCUAGGGAAAGCCAGGUACACGGUAACCUAGUCACCCGUUCUGUCUUCCUGACCCUGCACCAUGGAGUUGUCUGGUCAGGAAAAACUCACUGAGCCAUUGCUGAGUAAAGGUACGGCUCCUCUGAGAUAGGAACUUAUAGCUCUGUGAUUUUUGUCCUUUGAAGAGUCAAAACAUGUUAUUCUGUGACAACACAAGUUAUGUGGCCGAAUGACAGCUUUCUGCCAGGACCGGCCACUGCCACUCCAUUUAACAGUGGCACUCUUGGGAGACAAUGUUAAUAGCUACCACAUUUUUGUUUCUUGAGUUUUGUUUUCUUUGAGGCAGGGUCCUGCCUGACCUCUAACUUAUAGCAAUCCCCCUGUUUCUUCCUCCUCAAUGCUGGGAUUGCACACAGAAGUGGACCACCAUGCCCAGCUAAAGUUUGGCAUAGGAAUUCCAAGGUGAGGGCUGUUUAAGAACCUUUAAUUUGUGUUGUUUGCAGUACUGUUUCCCACCCGGGCCCAUCUGACAUUGUCGCCAUGGAUGGACUUCCCCUGACUCCCAGGCUCGACCUUGUGUGUGCACUGCAAAUGACAUGGGAGCCAUGGAUGGCAUUUGCCUCCGUUGAUUUGCUCGACAGCAGGCAAAGCCUCACACUGCCCUCAGCCUCCCACUUUCCUUUGAAGGACCAAUUUUUCAUGGUACUUGUCUUGAUUGUUUUCAUAUUGUUCAAAUCUGUAUUUUUGUAUGUAGAGGGAAAUAAUUUUCUCAAUACUAAUCACUAAUGAAUACUGUAUUGUCAUGAAGGAGUUCUUAUUUAAUAAAUGGACAUAU